AAACCUGAAUACCUGGUCAUACCAUUCCAAAAUUUCCAAAUCCAAUAUCAAGUCCAAUUAACGGAACAUAAAAAAGUUGUACACCCAUCACUUUCUCUCCCCUCUUUACGUCACUUUUCACAGUAAUCCCCUGCCGCCGCCUUUCGGAAGAGAGUUCUGUGAGCCAAUCUGGUUUGAAAUUGUUGAUUAAUUAUCUCCGAAAUGACUUGUGAGAGUCUUAACCCACCUGAGGGUGAUAAAGAACCAUUUGAGGAGGUUGAUCCCACUGGCCGGUUUGGCCGUUAUCCUGACCUUCUUGGAGCUGGAGCUGUGAAGAAAGUGUAUCGAGCUUUUGACCAGGAGGAAGGAAUCGAGGUUGCUUGGAACCAGGUGAAGCUGAGGAAUUUCAGCCAAGAUCCAUCAGUAAUUGAUCGAUUAGUUAAGGAAGUUCAGCUGCUGAGCGAUCUGAGGAACAACUUUAUCAUCACUCUAUAUCAUGUUUGGAGAGAUGUUGAACAUAACACUCUGAAUUUCAUUACCGAGAUUUGCACCUCAGGAAACCUGAGAGACUACAGAAAGAGGCAUCGUCAUGUGUCGAUCAGAGCUUUGAAGAAAUGGUCAAAGCAGGUGCUCAAGGGUUUGGAUUAUCUGCAUACACUUGAACCUUGUGUUAUUCACAGGGACCUUAAUUGCAGCAACAUUUUCAUAAAUGGGAAUGUUGGCGAGGUGAAAAUCGGUGACUUUGGAUUGGCAGCAAUAGUAGGAAAGAGCCAUGUAGCACACUCAAUACUGGGGACGCCAGAGUACAUGGCACCAGAACUUUAUGAAGAAGACUACACAGAAGUUGUGGACAUAUAUUCAUUUGGGAUGUGUUUGCUAGAGAUGGUAACUAUGGAAAUCCCUUAUUGCGAGUGUGAUAGCGUUGCCAAGAUAUACAAGAAGGUGACUUCUGGGAUUAAACCAGAGUCUUUUGACAAGGUGAAUGAUCCAGAAGUGAAGGAGUUCAUUGAUAAGUGCAUCGCCAAGCCUAGGGAAAGGCCCUCUGCCUCUGAGCUUCUUAAGGACCCUUUUUUCGCAGAAAUAGAUGAUGAUGAUGACAAUAACAACAGCUCGUCAUGAUGGGAUUACUUAGUUGAUCGAUCAAGUCAUUGAUGAAGCAUGUAUAUAAAGCUAAAGUUGUGUCACAAUCUGUGGAUUGAUGAUCAAUAAUGUUAUUUGUUUAUGUAUACAGCUACUAAUCAAGAUAUGAUUUUGAACAAGAUUUGAAUAGAGAAUCGCAUUUUUCUGAA